AUGUCUCUCAAAGUACCAAAAGCAAACAAUAUCCAGCUAUUCAAAGAUGGAUAUAAGCAUCUUCAAGGAAUCGAAGAGGCGGUCAUGAGGAAUAUUCAAGCAGUGGGCGAACUCUCAGAUUUGGUUCGUACGAGCUUUGGGCCAAAUGCUAGUUUUAGGAAGGAACAAACUUAUCAUAAUCACCUUGGGCGGAUGUUUGUUACAUCUGACGCGGCCACCAUUAUUCGGGAGAUCGAGGUUGUCCACCCGGCAGCAAAGCUACUCGUAAUGGCUUCUCAGGCCCAAGAGUCAGAGGUAAGAUACGAUUAUGGGCGACGCGACAAAUACUGUACUUGUUUUGCUGGAGAGCUGCUCAAAAAAUCCGAGCACUUGUUAAUAAUGGGUCUUCACCCUAGCGAAAUUAUUAUCGGUUAUGAAUUGGCAUGCGAAAAGGCCUUGGCGGAGCUUGAAGGUCUCUCGAAUUACAAUCUUGCGAAACCACUGACCAAGGAAUCUCUGGCUCUGGUCCUCAAGUCUUCGAUCGCGUCUAAGCAAUACGGAUCAGAGGACACACUUGCUUCACUUGUCGCUGAAGCCGCAUUGGCUGUAAUGCCCUCCCGGCCCGAGCAUUUUAAUGUGGAUAACGUACGGGUGGUGAAGAUCAUGGGUGGUUCAUUAAACUCUAGCACGGUCGUUCGUGGUAUGGUCUUCAACCGGGAACCUCAAGGUGUGAUCAAGAAGGCAUCGAAGGCAAAAGUCGCGGUUUAUACUUGCGCGCUAGAUAUUGCUCAGACCGAAACCAAGGGCACGGUGCUAUUGCGGAAUGCCGAGGAAAUGCUAAACUUUACUCGCGGUGAGGAACAACAAUUGGAAAAGUAUUUCAAGGAGAUCGCAGACUCCGGCGUCCAAGUCAUUGUAGCCGGUGCCGCUGUUGGGGAACUCGCGAUGCACUACCUUGAUCGAUUUUCUAUUCUCGUCAUCAAGGUGCUUUCCAAGUUUGAUCUCCGACGACUAUGCCGUGUCGUCGGAGCUACGCCUCUGGCUAGGCUUGGCGCACCUACCGCCGAAGAAGCGGGUAGCGUGGACAUAGUCGAAACUGUUGAGAUCGGUGGUGAUAGGGUCACGGUAUUCAGGCAAGAUCCACCGGCAGGAAGUGCUGCGGAGAAGAGCAAAACGGCCACAAUUGUGCUCCGGGGUGCCACAGCGAACACCCUGGAUGACAUGGAGCGCGCGAUCGACGACGGCGUGAAUGUGAUUAAGGCGCUCGUGAAGGAUGAUCGUCUUGUCCCUGGAGCCGGCGCAACCGAAAUCGAGCUGGCGAAGCGGGUUGAAAGUUACGGUGCCGGCCUGAAAGGGUUGUCCCAACACGCGGUCCGGCGAUAUGCGUCUGCAUUGGAGAUCUUACCGAGCACGUUGGCCGAGAAUGCCGGUCUUGAUAUGACAGAGGUUGUCAGCAAGCUUUAUGAGAAGCACGCACAGGCAGGUGGGGCUACCUGGGGCGUUGAUAUCGAGGAGGAGCAAAUUUAUGACUCUUUGUCGGCAAAAUCAUGGGCGAUCAAGCUAGCCACCGAGGCGGCCGUCUCCGUUCUGCGGGUGGAUAGCAUUAUCAUGUCCAAACCUGCUGAUACUAUUGGGCCACACUGGCAUUACUCCAUCUCCUCGGGUGGACUAUACCCAUUCCUGGUUGCCAGCGGCCGCGACCCACAUGAUCUGAUUGCUCAUGUGUCCUUUGCCCCUCAGCGUCUUGCGAGUGGAGGUGCAUUCUAUGAUUUUACAGCUAGAUAUGGAGCUGUGCGCGAGGAAGACCGAAUGACGCUACGCGAAUCUCUCGGUACAGUGGACGAAUCCUUGGCCGAAACGCUAGACUUGAAGCGACUACUAGAUUUACCACUCGUUGCAUUGAGCAAUGGACAGACACGUCGCGCGCGAAUCUUGCAAGCCCUGAUGCGCAAUCCUGCCCCAGAAGUUCUUGUUUUGACGGAACCUCUCACUGGACUUGAUGUAGAACAUCGACCCAGACUUUUGAAGCUGCUUCAUGACUUGCAUAUUAAGCGUGCACCUCGAGUUAUCAUGACACUUCGCGGACAAGACCCCGUCCCUGACUGGGCCACCCAUAUAAUUCGAGCCGAGAAUGGAAAAAUUAUUGUCGGAGAGCGGUCUCAAAUGGUUUCCAAGCAUUCAAAACGCGACCACAAGCCGAAUGAUGGUUACAAAGGUGACCCCCAUAAAAUUGGUAAACCCAUUGUUGAGAUUGUUGGGCUAAACAUCGCGUACCACGAGCGAAAAAUCCUGACAAAUGUUAACUGGACCAUUCGUGAAGGAGAGAGGUGGCAUCUUAAAGGACCAAAUGGCUCGGGGAAAACUACGCUACUGGCGAUGAUCACCGGUGAUCAUCCGCAAUCAUACUCUCAGCCAGCUAGUUCCUUGCGUCUGUUUUCCAAACCGCGUCGGUCAAUUCCAACCACAACACUUCAGAGAAGGAUAGGACUCAUAUCUCCCGAACAAUACAAUGCCUUUCCUCGUCGAUACCUGGCCUUAGUGUACGGGAUGCUAUUAGUACGGGAUUUGAUUCGACCUAUGCAUUCCGAACGCGUACGACGGAGAAGAAGCUCGGAUAGACGAGCUUAUUCGCGCGUUUAA